UAUGAAUUCCAGGCGUUUAUCGAUGAAAUGGAAUCACACAGAACAAAGUCGUACUUUUUUGUAGAAUCAAUACAAUUAUAAUACCCACUUCGAAAGAAAAACAACAAUCCAUAAGUGAGAGAGAAAAUCCGAUGGGCGGCGGCGGCGGAGGCGGAGGUGUCCGUGGAAUUCUGCUGGACAGCUCUGUUCUUUUGGACUCCACCUCAAACGACAACGAAACUGCAUCACUUCGCUCCGGAGCUGACUAUUUACUUCGCAAGCUUCGUCAUUCCAACAUUCCGACGGGAAUAUGUUAUGCAGUAGGUCUUCAGGAAGCAAAGGUGAGCCUUCUUGAGAAGCUGAUUUGUGAAUUCUCAUUUGAGAGAUUCAUCUACAAUCGAUCUUCUAUAGAUGACACUAUAAAUGUGGUUUCUCAAGCUUGGGAGAACAAUGGUGGGAGUAUUAUGCACGUGGUUUUAAACAACUUUGAAGGGAUUCUUCCAAAUGCAUCUAAUUUUGGUUGGAUGAAUGUUGUUGUAAAUGGUGAUGGUGAUGGCUUGAGUAAAGAUCCAACCGGGAUUUGUAUAAAGAAACUAGAAGAGUUGCCUAUGAUAAUAUGUGAGUUGAAUAAAAAGUCAAGUGAGGAUAACGUGGUUGUGGGUUAUAUUAUGAAGCCCUCUCGUGAAGCAGAUUUUGCAAAGAGAGGUGCAUUUCCACUAAACCCUACCCAAAAUGGCUUGAUAUUUUUGCCUCUCACAUUUGAUCUCCCUAUAUUAUCACAAUUGAAAAAAGUGGACAUUAUUAUCCAUAAAGCAACCGAUGAAAUUUCAUCAAUUGAAAGAAGCAAUUCCUCUAGUAAGAUCAUUUACACCACAGGAAUGCUGGAAUUGCAGAGGUGUAUAGGUGAACUUCCAGAUUGUUGUGUGAUCGAUCCAUUUGAUAACAUUUUUCCAGUUGUGGAUCGAUUGAGAAUUCAAGAAAUCUUAUUAGGAUUGGUUGAACUUAAAACAGAAAGUCAAUGCAAUAUCAGAGGGCCUUAUUUUCUAAAGGUUGAUAAUUUUGAGGAUCUUGAAUUGGAAAAAAGGCUCCAUGAUGCUAAAUUAUGUCUACCAAGUAUUGUAAAACCUCAAGUUGCAUGUGGUGUAGCUGAUGCCCAUAGUAUGGCUAUUGUCUUUAAAGCUGCUGAUUUCCCAGGUUUAAAUGUUCCUCUUCCAGCAAUUGUGCAGGAAUAUGUGGAUCAUUCAUCAACUCUUUUCAAAUUCUAUGUUUUGGGGGAAAAGGUAUUCUAUGCAGUGAAAAAUUCAACACCAAAUGCCAAUAUCUUGAAGAACUUAUCUGAAAGCAAUCAAUUCCAACCUCUACUCUUUGACAGUUUAAAAUCUCUUCCUACUGAUGGAAACAAGAAGCCUUCAGAGAUGAAAGAACAUGAUCUUGAUCUUGAUCUUGAUCUUGUUACUGAUGCUGCAAAUUACCUUAGAAGUGUUCUUGAUCUCACAAUCUUUGGCUUUGAUGUUGUUAUUGAGGAAGAAACACGAGAUCAUGUUAUUGUGGAUGUAAAUUACUUGCCAUCAUUCAAAGAAGUGGCUAAUGAUGUUGCAAUUCCUGCAUUUUGGGAUGCUAUCAAGAUGAAGUAUCUUUUGUUUAGAAAGAGAGAGAAUGAAAAUCGUGUUUGAUAGCAUGUUUUAAUAAAGAAUCACAAUACAAUUGUUGUUUGCAAUCUUGU